AUGAUCUUUGUCUCCUCAACUUCAACUGGUCCCAUACCAACUGGAACAGCAGCAGCUAUAGGAGGUAUUCAACCUCCAAAUAUUGAAAGAACCAGCGAUCCAGAUAGGCCUUAUUCCGUGAACGGAGACAAAUUCACCGAUAUUGAAGAUGCUGUUGAUAGGGCCUGUUCGAUUCAACAUAAUGCUUGUGCGGAUGCUAUCAAUAAUGGAGCAUUGUCGGAUGCAGAAAUUAGUGAUUGUGAUAAUCAGCUCAAAGUCUGUGUUGCGGCUACUUAG